AUGGAUUAUACAACGGCAAUGGAAUUAACCAUUGAAAAUCUUGUAAAACAAGGGCUCAUGCAUCAACGCAUCGAAUAUGAUUGUCGAAUAGCACUCGUUCAAUAUCAUUGCGUUGAUGAAAUGCUAAAACGUCAAUAUUUGAUUGAAAACCCCAAGGAAAACCAGAUACAACUGUUCAAACGUAUCUGUAAGUUAAAAUAUGAAGAAGCUAUCACGAAAUAUCAUUUUAAUUCGCUUAAACAAUGCAUUCCUGCACAUUUGGCUUCGGAUUAUUUUCAGAAUCAACUCAUGGGAAAACCAUCUAUAAUUGAUAGCGUUCAAGAUAUAACUGUAAGAAAGAAAUUAUCCAAACACUAUAUCGAGGUUGCCGAACAAACUAACGCUGAUAUAAUGAUACUAGCUAGAGAUACAGCUGAAGGACAAAUGCAUCAGUAUCAAAAGCAAUACAAUAUGGAAAUACAUCAAGCGUGGCAACAUGAGAAAAUGUUUCCCUUUGAUCAACGAUUAACUCCAACGAUGAUCCAUAUGAUGAGAAAAUGUUUAGCUAAUAUUGACGCACGUCUCGAAUAUAUCUACAAAUGCAAAGCUCAAUUAUUUCAACUUAAUACAAAUGUUCUAUAA